AUGUGGUGGACUUCUAUGUGGUAUGGUGUGGACCGUGAAUUAGCUGAAGAAUUUCAAGAUAAAAUUGUCUGCAUACAAGUGGAUGUUGAUAAAGAGGAAAAUCUUGCUAACGAAUUCGAUAUUACAGUUAUGCCAACAUUUAUACUUCUGAAAGAUGCAAAACAAGUGGUAAGUAAUUGGUUUGACAUCUGUACUUUUCGCUGCUUCUAUAGGUUUUGAUG